AUGGGCCGAAGAAGCGGCCUCAAGGAUUCGCAGCUGCGCUUCGACCGAGCCCAGCGGGCGAAAGCCAGGGAGGCUCCCGGUGUUGUGCGCUCCAACACUGCCCCGUGCGAGACCUCGGGCAUCACCCGCUCCGAUGGCAGCUUGCUCCUGCUUCCCAGCGAGCUCUCCCUCCUGGCCUACGCCAACGCGCGGCCGCCACGUGCCAGCUCGGCGGGCGCCCGCGCGCUGCACCGCCUGCGGCGGGCCGAAGCUGCCCUGCUCAGCUACGAGCGCAGCGCUUGGGUCGAAGAGCAGGCGGAGACGCUGCGCUGGCGGGAGUUUCGUCCGGCGCAUGAGCGGGGCCCUCUCAUCUGCUGUGUGGACACCUCUCGGAGUAUGGCGGGGAGGAGGGAGGCCAUUGCCAAGGCAGCGGUGCUCGAAGUACUGCUUCUGGCUGAAGCUGAGAGGCGUCCCUGCUACCUCUAUUUCUUUUCGGGUCCAGGCGACCUUGAAGAGCUGGAAAUUCCACCAGCGCCCAUUCCGGCACAGGCUUGGCAGGAUGUCCUUGCGUUCCUAAGCCGAUCCUUCGGUGGGGGAACAGAUCUGGAGACACCGCUGGCCGCCAGCGCGCGCCAGCUGCAGGAUGAGUGGCGGAGCGCCGACAUCUUGCUGGUCACGGAUGGCGAGGUGGAGGCGCCCUCGCCCGCCUUGCUGGAGGAGCUGCGGCUCCUGCGCGAAGGCGGCGUGCGUGUGUUCGGCCUCACUGUCGCUGAGCCCGGCCAAGAGGAGUCCUCUGGGAUGGCAAGCUUGGCGGACAUCUGCGACGAGGUGCAUCGUUUCGAGGCGCUUGGCCGAGUUCCCCUGCGAUGGCGACCCUCACCCGGAGACUGA